ACCUCAAUAACUCUCGUACAGCCCCUAACAACAGAAAGAGUCCCACUUCUGUCCGCAAGGAGGAAGCCGCAGCUCGGUCCGUUACCCACCCGACUUUAUCAAAUCAAGAUGAAAACGUUAUUUUUGUUGCUUCUCUUCUGUCACGUUUCAUCAGCAGUCAAACACUCUCUGAAGAUAUUUCGAACUGGAUCCAGUGGAGUCCCAAACAUAUCAGAGUUUGUAGGAUCUCUAGAGGUUGAUGGAAGUCUGGUCGGUUACUGCGACAGCAACAAAAAUAUAGUAGAACCAAAACAGGACUGGGUGAAAAAGAUAAUUGAAGAUGAUCCUCAGCACUUUCAGUGGUACACUCAGGAGUGUUUUCAGAGUGGGCCAAACAUAUUCAAAGUGUGGAUUAAUAAUUUGAAGCAGCACCUCAACCAAAGUGGAGGUGUCCACAUUUUACAGGACAUAUCAGGAUGUGAGUGGGAUGAUGAGACUGGAGAGGUUAAUGGUUUUAAUCAGUUUGGUUAUGAUGGAGAAGACUUCAUAUCUUUUGACCUGCAGACAUUGACAUGGAUCGCUCUGAAACCUCAGGCUGUCACCACCAAACUGAUGUGGGACACUGACAAAGCUAGAAUAAAAGUCAAGGAAAUUGACCUCACUAAGAUUUUCCCUGGGUUACUGAAGAAGUAUUUGGUCUUCGGCAACAGCUCUCUGCAGAGAAAAGACCUUCCCUCAGUGUCUCUCCUCCAGAAGACUCCCUCCUCUCCAGUCAGCUGCCACGCUACAGGUUUCUACCCUGACAGAGCCUUGAUGUUCUGGAGGAAAGAUGGAGAGGAGCUUCAUGAGGACGUGGACCACGGAGAGAUCCUCCCCAACCACGAUGGAUCCUUCCAGAUGAGUGUUGACCUGAACCUUUCAUCAGUCACACCUGAAGACUGGAGGAGGUACGACUGUGUGUUUCAGCUCUCUGGUGUGAAGAACGACAUUGUUACCACACUGGACAAAGCAGAGAUCAGAACCAACUGGGUUUCUCCCUCAGAGUUUCCUGCUGGUGCUGUUAUUGGAGUUGUUGUAGGACUGCUGCUGCUGGCACUCUGCAUCACUGGACUCUUCAUCUGGAGAAGGAACAAUAAUGGAUUCAGAGCUGCAAACACUUCAGAUUCCUCAUUGCCAUUGGACAAAACUCCAGCUCCUAACUGAUCACAGUUCCCUCUGAAGAUAAAAGAGAACUCCAAUGACGUUACCGUGGCAUCCAAACCAUUUCUUUUCCAGAGAGCACUUUAUUCUCAUUUGUAGAAGACUUUUUUAUAUUAUAGUAUAGUUUAUAUUAUUAGGUACUAGAACUCAUCUUUCUUUGGUAAUUAGGAAGAAGUCCAGUCAUGGGAGACACAGUCAUAUCCAACCCUUUAUUUCUCACAUCAUGGACUGUAUGAUGUAUCUUUCAAUUCUUUCUUUUAAAACACUGCACUACUAAUGACUGAACCCCUGUUGUCUUCCAGUUGUGUCACAAAAUCUCAGUGUAUAAAGAUCACUGAAUGGCUUUGUCCCAACAUAUAUCACUGACUUGCUUGUACAGUAUGUAACACGUAGGCCUACACAUGCAUGCACACAGUUGAGGGAUCACAGUGUUUGUUGAUUUUACAAAACCUCCAUGAGGUUUAGACAGUGCACUCAAGUGAGCGACUCAUUGUGAUGUACAGUAUAAUGCUACAGGUAUAUAGUCACAGGUGUGUUGAAAUGCUAUGUUCAAAUGUUCAGUAAAAUGAUGUUCAUUUAGGAUCUUGAUCCAGUGUUUGUUUUUGGGUUACUCCUUAAAUACUUUUCAACAGACUGCUUCUGUCUCUAAUGAUGGUGCUGACAAAAAUAGUCAUUUUAAAUGUUGUAUUGACGUCAAUGACUGGAAUUUAAUCUCUGAAUGUGAUGGAAACAUUUCUUGAUCUGAGUUUACAAGGAACGAAUGUCUUACUGCAACAGUUUUAUUGUUGUAAGUAUCAAUUUUCUGUUAACUGAUAAUAAAAAUCAUUAUUUGGAUUUAAGUAAA